UAUCAACAACUGUCAAACGUAUUGUCACUGUUAUGCAUGGACAGGGAGCGUCCGGUACGUGACCAUAUUUCUGUCAGUGAUGUGUAACAUGCAUCGGUGAGUUUUUAGUAGCCAUUGGUCAUAUUUAUAUGUAAGCACACUUAGGCGCUACCCAAUCCUCAGAACGGAACAUGUAGGGAAGAAUCCGGGUCUUGUUAGUGUGAAUGACGUGAGGGUGUCAGUACCUUGUUUGCUCAUGGAUUGAAGGAACCGAGGAAGGUCCGAGUAAUAAAAGGGUAUCGGAAACCGCUCUCGCCUAUUUAUUCAAGGUUCGAGUUCGGUUGAGUGUUCGUAACUUCCAUGGUAUCCACAUCUACAUACCACAUCCACAUCACCUAUUUUCCCGUGCGAGCACGAUGUGAACCAGUUCUACUCAUUCUCGCAGAUUCGGGAACCCAGUUUGAGUACGAAGAAAUUCCCCAUGCGAAGUGGGUAGAAAUGAAGAAGGCAGGCCAAGUUACGCCUGCGAUGUUUCCAUACGGUGGCGUACCUAUUCUCCGAGUAACAGACAAAAGCUCUAAACAAAGAAGCGAAUUUCUGCUUGGCGAGACUUCAGCUAUCCUGUCUUACCUUGAGGAGAUCCUAACACUGCCAGGAACUACGUUGAAUGACGACCUCCCACUCCAAACCCGUGCACGCACACAGAUGAUCAAGGAAGCAUCUUUGUUCUUCACCAACAGAGUAUGGCAAUUGAGUGGGGAAGAGGAUUGGCUAGCACCACCAUCACGAGAUAAGAUUUGGAAAGCCAUCACUGUACGAUACCUGCGCAACACAGAAGCUGCACUCGGAGAACUGCAGAAGGAGAUGCGAGUAGUGCCAGAAGAGAUGGGACCACUGACUGCGCUUCAUGCAACAGUGGCAGCAGCCAUCACAUUUAUAACGCAACUGUUUCCAUCUGUCAAGCGGGGGCUGGUACCUGGAGGGAAUUUUCCGUUGUGCGGGCAAUUAUGGAUAGCAGUAAUGACUCGCCCAAGAAUUGUUGCUUAUUGGAAGGAACAUGCGAUUGCCGAGAAGGCAUGGACGAUAACGGAGUACGGGACAGCAGAGUGGAUUGCAAGGGAAGCAGCAAAGUAUGACUCGCCGAGCUUGCUGGCCAAGUUAUGACAGUAUCAAUGGAUCCCUCAACUAACGUUGAACGUCCGAUUAUCGAGUCCACUGCGCACAUGUUUAUAGGAGACCUACUGGACGCGUGUCUUAAUGUAUCCCGCUAACGUAAUUGUGUAUCCCGCCUCAGCAAAUGAUUCCGUCGCUAUGGCAUAAAGUGCCCCACGGGCCAAGCGGGAGUAUUUUAUUAUCAGAAUAUUAUACCUGGAACAUAGCUGGUGAUGGAGCCUGCGAAAGAGAAAGAGCAUGAUAACUUCCCGACGCGCACUAGUGAUAGUUACUUGAUUAUUUUUUAGCAAACGUUAAAGUCUGUGAUGAACGUUUAAA